ACUGUACUUCAUCUCUUGGCUGAUGUUGAAACUGCAACCGAAAUUAUGAAUCUAUCUAAGUAAACAAAAACUAUACAACUACACUGAAAUAAAGAAUACACUCUGUCCUCCCCCUCAAAAAUCAUGGCCGCGCCUGUACGACCCACCUCCGCCGAAAACUAUGAGCUGUGCUCCGAAUUCAAACCCUACAAUUUGCCCUUCAUCGAGGUGCGUCGGUACCAGGGCAAAACCGCAUUUGCAGCCAAGGAUUUCAACCCCGGGGACACGAUUUUGGAGGAAAAACCCUAUUUGCAGUGGGCCGAGCGGGAGGACGUCGGGGCGGGGAUCGACAAGGUUGCGUUGCUCCAUCUGUACAACGAGGAGAAGAGGAGGUACGAGAUCAAUCUGUCUAACGAGGAGAAGGAACAAGAUGUUGAAAAAGUUGUACUAAAGUCCCACCUGCCCAGCAUCGAGUUUUUCAGUCCCUGCAUGUUCCUCGAUUGGCCCAGUUUGGCAACCACGCAAGAUGUACUGUUCAAAGCGUUUGACCUGUUUUACUGGCCCGGGGGAGAUGAACAAGCACAAGCAGAACUCACACAAGAGAGUAGUGAAGCUGGAAAAAGAACCACCGAGCAAGCGAGCACUUCCGCCUCUUCGACAGGAACAACAGCUUCUACGAUUAAUAAAGAGAAAAAAUUGGAGCAGAUUCAUAAAGAGGCUUUGAAGGUCUGCGACAGGAUAUGCACCGAGUUUUUGUCCAAACUUUUUAAGAAGCACUAUAGUACUUCUUCCAAGAAGUCGUUUACCGCGAAGAAUCUGUUCAACCUCCUGCAGCUGAUCGACAUUAACAUUCACAAGGACGGGGAGGACAAGGAUUCGCGGUGCGGAAUUUUCGUGAUCGGGUCGAAGUUUUUAUCCACGGUGAAUCUAUUCCCGUACACGACGCACGACGUACAAGACAUGCGGUCUCGGCAUGACAAAACUUGGCUUCGACAUCCUAGUUUAGCGUGACCAGUCAUGUUCUCACACUCUAAGUUGGUGCAACUGAAAAUUGUGAUGCAUCUUUCUUGGACACGACACAUGUACGAGAAUAAAUUUGUAUUGCAUGACUUUCCCACUCUUGCGCGUCCAAUGCCAGCUGGAGUUUGACGAGCGCGGGCAAGCUGAAGUACGUGGCAACGCGGAAGAUCGCCAAGGGCGAAGUGUUUUCCUUUUCCUACGUGGGCGACGGGCUCAACGUGUGCGGGCACACGGUAGACCGGCGCGCGGCGUUGCGGAAGCUGGGCUUCGUGUGUGCGUGCGAUCGGUGCUGCGAACUGGUGGAUCGCAGUCGGGGUGGGGUGUGCAAAGCGUGCAAAAGCCACAAGUGCUUCGUGGUGAACCGGAGUCACAUACUGCAGUUUACGAGGCAAACGGAUGUGGACGAUGAAAGAAAUAAAGUGGUGGAAGCAGCGCUGAAAGACAAACUGGAUCGGGCUUACCGGAAGAAUGCUGGGAAGGACGAGGCAACCGCGGGAGCACCAAACGCUGAAGUAGAGGCUGCAGACAUGAGCGAAAAGAUCAUACCUGGUAAUGAUUGAAGUCGGCAAAUUGGUUUUCCUGAUUUUGAUCGAAAUGAAAUUCAUUUUGCAUUACCGCUACUGCUGGAUUCCACACUGCUUUUUAAAAUGAAGUUCUUUAUGCGAAACAAUUUGCUUUUACGCAAGAUGAAUAAAAUUCAGACCAACAAACCCACUGAAAAAUAACCCCUACACAUCAGACUUCGCCGAUGCGGAUUUCUACUGCAAAGGGAAACCAGCUGCAAUAAAUUCGAAAACGUCAACAGCACCACUAGAUCGCUAUUUCUGCACGGAUUGCGGCAAUUUCAGCCAAUUUCUUACCCCAGACCAGCUCGCCCGCGAGCAGCGCAUUGGCGCGAUGCUCCCCACGGUUUUAGACAGUAACUCCGCCGGAGCCACCCGAGAAAAGAAGGACGCGCUGGUGCAGGAAAUCGAGGCGCAUUUCGGCAUUUACCACUAUUCCUGGAGCCUAGCGGCGUUUGCCUGGUUGCAGUCGGUUUUGCUGGAGGUUGGCCGGACGGACCGCAUUGAUUUGAACUUAUCUCAAGUGAAGAAAAGGUGCGAAAUGCUGCGAGACACAACGAAAGUCUGCUUCGAACACUGCUGGGUGCAGCGGCUGCGAUUGUUGGGCCUCGUCGCGCACUUGGAGCGGGUUCUCGGGUUGAAGGCUCUUGUUCUUCCGGCACCGGACCCCUUGGAGGUGAAUGUCCCGGUCGUGACGAAGAUGCUAUCAAAUGCAAAAAUGUCUGGGUCUGGGAGAUUCCGAGAUUUGUCAUGCAGUUUUUUCAAGCUCCCCCACGUCUGGAAUGCAGGGCCUAGAGUCACAGGCUCUGCAGCUCCUUGGUGAUGCGUAUUCUGCAUGAGAAAUGCCCUCUCAGCAUGACCAGAAGUGGGCACCUUUUCCACGUUCUGCAUCACAGAUCUUUUUACGAUCCGAAACACGCAUCACAUGUUCGGAUCCUUCCAGACGCAGACAUAUUUGCAUUUGAUAGAUGCUGCGGCACGACAAGUUCCGCCACCUGGACAUUUUUCUGUGGGAGCAACCAUCGGAAAGGGUGGGUCUACUUGAGGGCGAAAAGAAACCCCCGGAAAAGGAGCAGGAAGACAAUUUCUUCUGGUCCUUGGUGGACCGGCGAGGCAUGGCGAGUGAGAAGUUAAUGUGCGGAAAGUUUCAAACGCUGAUCACGGGGGGAUGA